GGAAUUCCUCGCCCGCGCCGCGUCACUACGUCGUCGCCCGGGCUACUCGUCGUCCGUCCGUCGGCUCAGUAGCGGCCGAGAAAGCGGAUUGGGGGAGGACGAGAGCGGUAUUAUUGAUGCGAGCGCUGCUGCGAUUACUGCAUGUUUAGUCGGCGGCGGCGAGGAGAACGCGCGUUAGCGAUCCCCACGAAGGCCGUUGUUGCUGGUACCGACGGCGGACACGACGGUGACGAGAAGAGGCGCAAGGAGGCGUCGUCGCUGGGGAAGGGGGAAGCGGUAAUCGCGCCGUGUUGCGUCGUACAUCUCGCGGACGUAGGUACCUCGAAGCCGACAGCAGCAGCGGUAGCAACACAGCAGGAAAUAAAAGUAUCAUAAAAAAUGUCCCUGUGGGCAAAGUCCCAGCAGUUGCCAAAUGAGGCAUUAAAGCAAGUGCAUGCUAUGUAUGGUGAUCAUUUCCCGAUUGAAGUGAGGCACUUUUUAUCAUCAUGGAUAGAAGAAAAAAUGUGGCCGGACAUAGAUCCAGAUAAUCCACAGCACGAGCAAUAUGUAACCAAUUUUGUCGAGUCCAUGAUACACGAAUUGGAGUCAAAAGCGGCGACUUUCACCUCAGACGACUUCUUUAUAACAAGGAUAAAAUUGACUGAAGCUGCUAAAUCGUUCCGUCACAAGUAUCUGCAAAAUCCAGCAGCCUUGUUUAAGAUAAUUAAGCAUUGCUUGGCCUUGGAAAUGAAGUAUGUGCAACAAGUCGAGGGAAGUUUAGGCACACCACUACCAAACAUACCUAGUAACAGAUUGAUCAUGCCGGUGGACAUAAUACAGCAGCUUACCGCGCUGCGCCAGAAGGCACUUGAUUGCGCGGACGACAUACGAAAAAUGGAGCAUGAACAGGAGAGCUUCGCGCUCAGUUAUCACGAGUGCACGAAGCUGAACGCGCAAAUGCAACAUCUCGUUACGCAGCCGCAGAGUCAGCAGAAUUUCGACGUCGAUAAGAAGAUCAGGAGGCAACGAGAACAGCAGGAGCAGAUUCUGAAUCAUAAAUUGGCUGGCCUGAUGCAAACGCGUCUGCUGCUAGCCGACAAGUUGAAAGAGAUCAUCAGCAAGUUGGGCAACUUACAAUCAAGAAUCCUCGAUGACGAACUUAUCAGAUGGAAAAGGGAUCAGCAGCUAUCAGGCAACGGCAUACAAUUCGUCAAUAAUUUGGACUCCAUUCAGGAAUGGUGCGAGGGUCUUGCCGAAAUAAUUUGGCUGACGCGACAACAAAUUAAAGAGGCGGAACUCAUGAAGCAGAAGCUGAUGUUCAACACGACAGCGAUGCAAGAUCCGUUCCCAGCGUUAAAUUCACAAAUCACACAGCUGCUCAGCUCCCUGGUGACGAGCACCUUCAUCAUUGAGAAACAGCCUCCGCAAGUGAUGAAAACUAAUACUCGUUUUACGAGCACGGUGCGUCUCCUCGUCGGUGGCAAGUUGAACGUGCACAUGACGCCGCCGCAAGUCAGGGUAUACAUAGUCAGUGAAACGCAGGCGAACGCUUUGUUGAAAAGCGACAAGAUGAAGAACGACAACAGCGGCGAGAUUUUGAACAACACCGGCACAAUGGAGUACCAUCAGACAACCAGACAACUCUCGGUGAGCUUCCGCAACAUGCAGCUGAAGAAGAUCAAACGAGCGGAGAAGAAAGGUACAGAGUCCGUGAUGGACGAAAAGUUCUCGCUGCUGUUCCAAUCGCAAUUCAGCGUCGGCGGCGGCGAAUUGGUGUUCCAAGUGUGGACGUUGAGUUUACCAGUAGUCGUGAUUGUUCACGGCAACCAAGAACCCCAUGCUUGGGCUACUGUCACCUGGGACAAUGCAUUCGCUGAGCCUGGCAGAGUACCAUUCGCCGUGCCGGACAAAGUACCAUGGCCUCAGGUCGCGGAUGCUUUGAAUGUAAAAUUUCUCUCGGCGACUGGUCGUUCACUGAUGGAUGAGAAUUUGCGAUUCCUUGCGGAAAAGGCUUUCCGGGGCAGUAACUCGAAUGGGCAAGAUUACACCAACAUGUUAUUGUCCUGGGCACAAUUUUGUAAGGAACCGCUUCCCGAAAGAAACUUCACUUUUUGGGAGUGGUUCUACGCCGUCAUGAAGUUGACCAGAGAACAUCUACGCGGCCCGUGGUCCGACGGUGUUAUCCUCGGCUUCGUCAGGAAGAAGCAGGCGGAAGAGAUGUUGUCGAACUGCACGCCCGGGACAUUCCUGAUGCGUUUUUCCGACUCGGAACUCGGCGGUAUCACUAUCGCAUGGGUCGCAGAUCAAAAUGAUGUCUUCAUGCUCCAGCCGUUCACGAGCAAGGACUUCGCUAUACGAUGCUUGGCAGACCGCGUUAACGACUUGCAAUACUUACUGUUCCUCUAUCCGGAAUACACCAAAGAUCAGGCUUUCUCCAAAUAUUAUACACCAUUUAACGACAACCAAGCCACGUCGACAAAUGGAUACGUCAAGCCCCUCUUGGUGACACACGUGCCAGGUUGGAGUGCCCCCGGUCUCGGCAAUCAAACGCCGUCUCAUUCCUCCGUGGUGGGAGUUGGCGGGAACGGUCAAGGCGGCCCAGGUGGAAGUUACCCGGCAACACCGUCAACUGUGUUUCAACCACACAGUCCUGACCCGUCUGUGACACGAGACACACCUUCUACAGCUUCAAGCUAUGCACCUGGUCUCGGCCAGUCGGGUGUUGGACGACCAAGCUCGGACGUGGACUAUGUGGAGCUGAUGAGUCAGAACGAGCUGACAUCAAUUGAUGAAAAUCUCAACUUGGACCACUUAAACAACUUCAGCUUCUCCGAGUUCAUGCAGUCGUAUAACAAACCACAAUAAUAGGUACGUUCAAGUGUUGUUGUCGUCGUCGUCGUCGUCGUCGUCGUUGCUGCCGGUUGUCGGCGACGAUCGUUGGCGAUCGCUGGCGAUGGCGAUCACCACCAAACCCUUCUUCGAUCUCUGACGGUUCAUCUGGUGCAUACAUAUACACAGAAAGUAAGCAACGGACGCGAUCCGUGGAUUGUUAUGUUUAACGGGGGAGGGACGCAUGUGUCGCGUCGGCCGCAUACGCUUAUCCGGCGACAGUACACACGAUUACUUACCUAGAAAAGAAGCGUUUAUGAUGCGUAUGCGACGAGCGGCAUAUGAGAGCGCAUUGCGUCUGAGAUAGUCUGUGACGACGUGUCGUCUUCGCACGAAUCGCGGAGAGAUCUCGUUGCUUUCGAAGGAAGAAUGUGCAAUUCGUGUGAGGAGAAAUCAUCGUUGUCGUACGUUUGUGUCACUCUCGUCUAUUGUCAUCAUCAGUUUAUUUGUUGACACCACACAACGGUCGUAACAACGUGUUGAGCCUCUUAGCGUUCGACAUCGUGCCGGUGAAUUUGAUGUUUGCGACGAUGUCGCGCUUUUCGCUAUUUUUCAAACGAGACAAUGCAAAGAGACCCGGAGCGCCGUAAUGCUUAAUUCCACAUCGCAGAGAUAUUAUAUCUUAUAAAAUAUAGUAUAUUACGCGAAAGUUACGCGAAAUAUGGUAUAUUGUAUCUUAUAAAAUAUGGUACGGGUAUUACAUUUUGUAGGAUAUGUAAAAAUAAUAAGUGUGAGAAGCUUCUCUCGUCAAGUUUUUUGAGCAGUGAGAAGAAGGAAAAGCUCGAGUGUACAAGUUGAAAGAAAGGAUAGAAAGGUCUCUGGCGCUAAAUUAGAAAAUACGAAUGAACGACAAGAUCAUGUGAAUACGAGAACAAAUAAUAUGAAUAUAAAUAAGAAUUAUUCGCUGUCUGAAUGUUAAGCAUCGAGUGUGACUCGUGUCGAUUAUAUUGAUUAUAUAUUACGGAUGUUAUUGAUGCAUAUAACGCUGCGAUCGGAGAUGAAUUUAAUCGAUUCGAAUUUUAUGAUUAUUGGAAAUCGUAGAGAAUUUUGUUUAACGAUUUGUUAUGUAGCUUUAAAAUAAUAUCCCCGUGCAGUGACACCAAACUCGUCGAAAUUUCUUCGUCUUUCGCAAGCUGUUUGUACUUUUUUGUUUAUUUAAUUAAACGAGCGAGUAAUGCUCGCGCCUUUUACUAUUGUAACUCGCGAGUUUAUUAGAGUUAAUUGGACUUUUUGUCGACUCUUCGUUCUCCUUAGAGUUCCCGUAAUAUGAAUUUUGUUAACCCCUUGCGCUGUGUGAUUCGCAAGUCGCAGCAGCACGUGCCGAAGUCGGUGGUGAAGUUGCAAAGCUGUAAUGCCCGGUUCACAUCAAAUCGCAAGUCACAGAACGCAAAUCGCAGACGCGGCACAUUGACCGCGAAACACGAGUAAAAAUUGAACAACGAGUCUUACUUGUGCUUUCUAUGUUUGGCCCGCAAAACGCACGACCAGUCUUACUGGUGUUUCUUAUAUUUGGUCCGAUGUACUACGCGCACCACAAGCCUGACUCGUGUUUCUUCUUAUGUUUGGUCCGCGAAGCAUAUCACGUGUCUCGCACGAUAUAUUAGGACAUUGUAUUAUAGGGCAAGGGGUUAAGCUAAAGCUUAAUAUUAUGGUUCCAGGCGUAAUGUCAGCUUUAGCCCAGAUUCUUGUAAGAUACGAUAAACACUUAGUACAAAAGCUCAUAGCUCGUAGCUCAUCAUUUAUGAUAUACGAAACGCUUAAAAGAAAAAAAAAACAUAUGUAAUGAUAAAUUUGUAUAUUGCAUGUUUCAGAGUAAUAGUACGACUAAUACAACAUUGUAGAAAUUAUAUUACGAACAUAUAGCAAUUAUUUUUGUUAACCAGUUUAGAUCGUUUUAGAGAGAAUUUUAAAGAAUUAUUAUAAAACAUGUUUUCUUUUUUGUUCUUUCUCUUCCUUUUCGUGUGCACCAACCGACGGGGUGGCUUUUUGAACGUUACGCGAUGUGUAAUUAGAUCGCUCUGAUAUUUUCCAACUACGUGCGCGUUCGUCGAAAUGAAUCCAAACGGAGAAUACCAAUAAACUGAGCGCGCGCUCGUCAAUAUUAACGUACAAUUAGCACGGUGACAGAUUGCCGAUACGACGAGGCACGUCGUUCCCGCUUCUUUGAACGAGUCGAUAAAUAAUAAAUCAAUAAUACGUACGAGUGGAAAAUUCUGCGAUGACUCACUUGCAUCUUAAAUAGCCGUCGUUAUUAAGUUACUCCGCCGAUUGGUGUGUGCGCUAUACGUACCGUUUUAUAAUUACACAUUGAUUUUCUCGCGUCUUUAGAGAUUCUAGACAAAGGGAGGUGCUGUUACUUCUAUUGUAUGAAUUUUGAGAUAUACAGUUUAAGGAUUAACAUUAUACAACGAUGAUAAAAGUAGAGAUUCAUCGAGGAGAGAUUAUGAGAGUACAAUGCGACGUAGAAAAUGGACAAUCAUCUUCAUACGUGCGAGCGUACCGUGCCGCCUAGUCAAAUUGCCAUUGAGUGUCUUUUCAGAUAUCGAGGAUUGUAAGCGUAAAUGGAGGAGGAGGAGGAGGUUUAUUAAAAUCGUUCUAUUGCGUGUUCAAUUCUGAGUUGUACCUAUGAUAAGAAAAUCGAAAAGAGGAUGAGUACGCACACGCGAAUUACGUGUAUUCGUAGCGGCGUACGAUCGAGAUGGUCUAAAAAGUAUGUGCCUUACAAUUCUUAGACUUUGGUCUUCAAUUCUUCGGGGACUUCCGGAAAUACUUCGACGAUGAGAUUAGGUAUACGUUUUUUUACUACUCUCUCUCUCUUCCUUCUUUCUUCUUUCUAAUCUUAGCUUUCGUCUCGUGAUAAAGUUUAGUUAUACUUCGAGAGUGUUUAUAUAUACACACACACAUACACACACACACACAUGAAUACAUAUGUAUAGAUUUAUUGAGAGAUGAUUCGUUCGUGUAUAAAAGUUUACUUUUAUCGUUUAAGUUUAGGAUACUUAUAGUUUCUUCUUUCUUUUUCUCUUUUUUUUAACGGAGCAAGAGGAAGAAUGCGAAACGCGAGAGUUCGUCCUGGGGGACUUGAUUAACGUGCGCACGACACGUACACACCCGCAUACAUUGUAAAAUUAAUUACUAUUACGGUGCUCCAUUCCCUCCCCUGUGUCUGUGUCUUAUGUAUGUAUUAUUAAGAGGAGAAAAAAAAAUCUAUCGAUUGUAUACAUAUGUAAAACACCGUUAAAUGUACACUGGAUUUCGUCGCGAGUAGGAGCGCACAUAGCGUUGUCUCUCCUCUUAUAUUUAUCAUUAUAAGAUAUAUAUGAGACCGCCAACAUCGUUUGGUGGAAAUACGAGCUAGUAUUAGCUAUUGAUCUUUUUAUCAAAGAUUAGAGUUUAUUUUAUUACCAAGGAUGAUUUUACGGCCCGUAAGAGACGCUCGUGCUCGGUCUAUUUACUGUAACCGUUAAGCGUAGUAUAAUAAGUGUAAUAUAACACGCAUGUUUACGCGCAAUAAAAUUGAUUGUAAAUCAA